AUGAUCCGCACGGCUGCUACUCCAUCAAAAAGUUCGCAUCAGCGACUUUUCGCCGAGAAAGUACAAGAUGUGCAGUGCAAGAACGAUGUGCUCGACGAAAUUCGAGACCUCGCGAGAAAGAAGAGAGAAGGCAAAUGGGCACGCCUGAUUCCAGCACAGGAUAUCAUUGCCAUUAUCUAUAAUGGCGCAGCAGGAUCUUGUCCCGGAAGGCGUCUCAUCAUCGACUUCUUCGCACAUCGGAAUAUCAGUAAGUUCCUCGGCACGGAAGACUACAACACAUAUCCUGCGGAGUUCCUCUGGGACGUUAUCGUUCGCCUGCAUCAAGUGCGGCCAUCAGCCUUGGAAGAUCCAACCGAAAAGAACGAUAAGUCAAGCUAUCACGAGCCGGUCGAUGACGAGAGCAAAAGUAUCAACGAAGACAAGCAAGGCGACCAAUCCAAGUCAGUCAACGGAGCUUCAAAAUGA